CUCCGAGGAGUUUUCUGGGCUAACUGCUAGUCGGGUUCAAACGAUUCCAGAAGAAGAUGAAGAAGACAUUACUUUAUGUCGUGGUUGCAUCACUCUUUAUUUCAGCGUGGGUGCCGCUGGCAUCCUGCUCCAAGAAACCAGUAGGAAAAGCUCGAAGGGAAGACAUCCCGUAUAUCAAAUGCCAAGUCUGUGAAAAGCUCGCUAAGCAGUUGUAUCAUCAGGUCCAGAAAAAGCAAGCAGAGAUCGCUCCGAAAAAGAUCUCGGAGUUCCAGAUCAUUGAGAUAGCAGAGAAUGUCUGCAAUCUCAAGAAGGCGGAAGCUGAUUGGAUAUUGCAGAUAGAUAUUGUAGAAAAAGAAGAUAGAUUGGAGCUGGUGGAACAAGACUCUGAAGGACAAUGUAAUUCAGAAUGCAAGACAAUUGAGCAGGCUUGUCAGGGGGUGAUAGGAUAUUAUGAUACAGAUGUUGCUGAAUAUCUGUACAAAGCCAAGCCUGAUAUCGACUCAUUGCUCAAAUACUUCUGUAAAGACCUUACUAAGGCAUGCAGCACCAAACCACCCCCUGUACCCAAGGGCAGGGCUCCUGGGGAACCUUUUGUUCCAAAGUCAUCUAAAGAGGCUGAAAUGGACAGGCUAUUGAAAUCUAUGGAGGGAAUGCCUGGAGCCCCUGGCAUGAAAAUGUACUCAAGGGAGGAUUUAAUGAACAUGAAUAAUUUUGGUGAAGAUGGUGAUGAUGAAGAUGAGGAUGAGGAUGACGAGGCUGGCUUCCCUUCAAAAUUGGGAAAAGUUUUAAGAGAAAAAGGAAGCGGGAGUGACUGGAAACAGAAGCUAAGGAAAGGAAUUUCUGACGGUGCUACGACACUGAAGAGACAUGCAAACAGAGUCUCCAAUCAUUUGCGUCAAUGGUGGAGGGGAAAGAAGGCAAGCACAUCAAAGAAGGGCCAGAAGACGGGAAAGUCAGAACUUUAGAGCAUCACAAUUUCACUGCAUCUCUUGAUUGCCCAAGUACCUGAAUCGUUCCUUGAUUGAAGGUCCCUGUGCCAAAGAUUGGCGGGAAGAAGAAUUAUAGAGAACGGUCUUAAUUCUACGAGACUCGCCCAUCAUACUAGGGAUUUGCCACCUUCAUGUAGUUUUGUGUGUGGCAAAGUUGUCGAUUAAGAUGGUGGUAUGUCUUCCACUUCACCUCUCCCAAAUUGAGUAUAAACAUUUGCGAUACAUACAUUGGAUGCCUCUUUCAUUUUUGGAAAAGAAACAAUUUCCCCAAGAA